GGAGAAAGGAAAGGAAAGUAUGCGCACCGAGACCUUCGAAUCCGCUACUGCCACUGCCACGACCACCGCCUCGGCCCUAGCUAGCCCUGCCCAAUUAUAUAAGUGCAGUCCCCGGCCCUCUGCGCUGCGCAUCUAUUGAUUUCAGCAUCGCUUCUGACCAGAAGAAGAUCCCGGAAGAAACAAGAUCAGGAACAGAAAGUAGCUAGAAGUCGGAUAGAUAGAGCAGCUAGCCAAACGGCGUAGCUCAGCCUGAGAAAAGACACACAUACAUACAGCUAGGGGAGGGAUGGAGGUGCUGAGCGGGAGGGUAGGGGUGAAGUGCGGGCGGUGGAACCCGACGGCGGAGCAGGUGAAGGUGCUGACGGAGCUUUUCCGGGCGGGGCUGCGGACGCCGAGCACGGAGCAGAUCCAGCGGAUCUCCACCCACCUCGGCGCCUUCGGCAAGGUGGAGAGCAAGAACGUCUUCUACUGGUUCCAGAACCACAAGGCCCGCGAGCGCCACCACCACAAGAAGCGCCGCCGCGUCGCCUCCUCCUCCUCCGACAACAGCAGCGCCAGCAACAACAACGACGAAGCAGCAGAUCACGGCCGCAGUAGUGCCCGCGAGGACCUCCUGCUGCAGCCUCCCGAGAGCAAGCGCGAGGCCAGAAGCUACAACCACCACCGCCGGCCGAUCAUGACAUAUGUAGGCUAUGUGAGGGACGAGGUGGAGCAGGAGGUGGUGAUGUGGGAGCGGCCGACGAGGGAGGUGGAGACGCUCGAGCUGUUCCCGCUCAAGGCAGCCUACGACCUCGAGGCGGCGGACAGGCUCCGGUACGUGAGGGGCGCCGGCGAGCAGCAGUGCAGGGAGAUCUCCUUCUUCGACGUCGCCAACGGACGGGAUCCGCCGCUGGAGCUCAGGCUCUGCAGCUUCGAUAUCUAGCUGGAGUACACUGCUAGAUCGAUUGACGCACGCACGCAUGUAGCUGCAGCUCCUGCUGCUUGUACCUGACCAUGCCACGCACGACAUCAUAUCAUUGCCUACGUAGUCCUUGAUUUCUAGCUAUCCACAUUAAAAGGCGUACGUGACGGGGAUACGGCGCCAGCCAUGUGUUGUAAGCACCACCGUUAUCGCAGGCAGAAUCUGAGAGGAUCGGCAAACAGCACGCUAAUCAUGAGAUGUCCGCCACCCUUUUCCUUGGUAUUUUCAUCAAGAGAUGUAUACCACUACCGCUUUCUUUUGUUCA